CGUUUGGAAUCAAGUAAAGAUAUUUAAUUCAAUUCUUGCGAACAUUCGCCUAAAGUCUCACACGUCAUUAAACUGGAUUUUGUAGCUUACAAAAACUUCUCCGUCCCUACUCCACCGGGGUUCCUGAAAGAGCCAUCUCAGAACGACUUCAUGUUAACCGUUGACCACAACCCAAACUGGAUGCAGAUCCCAUACCCGACCUCAGGGGUUCCUGUGAUACCAAGCAAUGCACAUUUGCCUCCUCCAGCCCCAAUUGCCGGAUCGACGCCGACCUCUGGCUCGCAAGGCGACGUGAAACCAUACAUCGGGGAAAACGGUCAUCUCGGCGGGAGCAUGACGCACUUAAGCCCGCCGAUGAUGAACCACGUUCAGGGAAGCCACAACCAGAACAACAACAAUUCGUCCGCCAACAACAAAGUACCACAAGAGCAGAGAGUGAAACGACCAAUGAAUGCAUUUAUGGUGUGGUCUCGCGGGCAACGCAGAAAGAUGGCACAGGACAACCCAAAGAUGCACAACUCUGAGAUUUCCAAACGACUUGGCGCGGAAUGGAAAACCCUUUCAGACUCCGACAAGCGACCUUUUAUCGACGAAGCGAAACGGCUGCGCGCUCUACAUAUGAAGGAACAUCCAGACUACAAGUACCGACCACGCCGCAAAACGAAGGCGAUCCUUAAGAAAGAGAACAAGUUUGGAAUGGGCCCAGGUGGUAUUAUGGGCGGAGGCGCGGGACCACAAAUGUCGGCUUCCGGUCAACGAUCUCACAUGUCCGCGGCACCGAUAGAUUACUCGCAAUAUUACCAGCACUCUAUGAUGGCGGGCUCGCAAGACCCAAUGGCAUACGGGGCGCCUUCUCCACACGCUUACCCGGCUAUGGCAAACAGUGGAACUGCUGCGAACCGAUACGAAAUGUAUUAUCCAAGCUACAGUACUCCCACCACUUUACCCAGCAUGAGUUCUCUAACCAGCCAACACAACAGCUACGCACAAUCAGCAUACAGCGUGGGUGGGUCGCCUGCAUACAGCGUAGCACAAGCCCAUACACCUACAAACUCUCUACACAGCAUGGCGGGAUCCCAUCACGGUAGCAGCGGCGUCCAUUCACCAGCUAACACCAGUCCAGGUGCUUCGUCUGUGACGUCAGCGGCUGCGUCAUCAGGGGGAAGUCCCCUACACCAGCAACUACAGUCGAUGCUACCAUUACAUUCACACCAACUGCCGAUAAGUCAGAUGUAUUUGCCCAUAAGCGAGCAGCAACCAGCCUCCGCAACCACACCGACCGAUCCAUCACAUAGCCCUGGACUCUCCCGGCUUAAUUCAAUCGGUCCAGGCACCCACUACCCCAUCUCUACAUCUAUGGGCCAGCUGCCUAUGCACAUGCCUGCGCAUAUGUAGGAGUUCGUCACCCAGUCUAUAACACGAAGUUCAAAACAUACACCUCGCGUGUAGAAGCCGCGCCAGCCGAGCACGAGUUGGAAAAGAAGCCUAGGAUCUGAAACUAAAACCACAGAACGACCUAUCACCAUUGAAGUUGCGUAUAUUGUCUUUUGUUUUAAUUUUCCGUCUAAUUUAAGCUUUUAAACUGUGACAUUGUACAUAAGCUAUACACAUGUAGCUUUAUAAGUUAACAGUCCAGCGGUGCUGGAUUUAUUUCGGGACUUUGCCCAGAAACGCAACUGCACCGUUUUAACUAUCGCCGCGUUUUCUGCUGUACAGUUUUUAAUUCGCCGUUUGUGCCUUUUAAUAUAACACAGUUUGCAACCCAGCCCCGUAUCUUCAGUAAGCAUCCAAUCUUCAAUUUGAUUUCACUCACAAUCUACUAAAACCACUGACUUUUAUUUAUUUCCAUCUUGUGAUUCUGCAUAUGAAUGACGUAUGUCAACGUGGCAGCACCAAUAUAUUGCAGACUUAAAUCAACUGUAUAUACACGUUACCUAUUUGGAAGUUUUGUCCAUUUCCAACAUGAUAAUAUUGCUAAUUUUUGGCAAGACACAAACCCAUUAUAACUCGUUACGAAACUUUUGCGUUAUAUGAUAGAUGUUAGUCUUUUCCCUUUAGAAUCGAAGUCAAUUUUGUGUCUGAAUGUUCUACAGUUAUGUUAUUAUAGUUUUUUUCAAGGUAGAUUUUACACCACCGCUUUUGUUUCAACUUUCUACAGCAACCUACUUCUGGGGUUGUCCACUUUACGAGCCAGUAGUGUAGCAAACCCACAGCGCUGUGCCACCACAUCAAACUUUUGUAAAUCCUUCGAAUGUUUUUGCUUCAAAUAAUUUGUAAAUUUAUGAUUCCGGUUCCCCAUGCGAACGCUACAACCCACACAUGCUGCAGCCUCAAAAAGGCUGUAGUAUUGUCGAUAGCUCAAUCGUAACCACUGUCACUGUACAACGUAGCCUAAAACGUACUGAAAUCCGCUCUCGAAAGAAUAUAUACCGCGCUGGUUGUGAAACUAACAACUGUACAUUACCACUAACCCACUUGAGAGCAUUCAAUUUUUCUUCUUGCGUUUUGCUGUUGAACGGCCCUGUCUAGUAAAAUGUAGUGACCAAUAAAAUAAUUGAAACCAA